GCGUUCACCAGCUAUACAAAAAAUGGUUAGUUAGCAUUUUCAUUUUAUUAGAUACUUUAUAUAUAUAUAUAUCAACCAAUUCUAUUAGAUGUACAAGAAUAAAGAAGAACGUAUUGAAUUAAUUGAUGAAAUGCGUAGUACACAUGCAUUACAAGAACAAGAUAUGAAUAGAAAAAAACUUCAACGACAAGAUGUUCAAGUAGCACAACACAUUCAAAGAAAAGAUACUACACGAGAAGAUUUUGUUGAUUCAAUUCUUCAAACACUUGAAGGCGAAGCUAUUGGUGAUAUGUUUGAUUAUUUAUCAAAAGAACUAAUACGUCUUCAAGAAGAACGUCGUAUUGCUGCAUUUGCUAUGUUAGCUGAACGUCAACGACGUUUACGUGAAGCUGACGAAUCAGGCUUAAGACAAGUCGAAGAACGACGACGACGUGAACAAGAUGAACUUUUUAAACAAAUGCUACAAAUGACUCAAACUACAGUUGAUACAUAUUUAGAAGAUGUUAUUCUUGAAAGUACUUUUGAAACAGCUAGUGAACAAGCUCGUAUUGAAAUUCAA